GAUAAAAAAGACUGUAAAAUUGUCACUGAAAUAUAACUGCUUAUACCCUUUAAAAAUAAUGAAAUGAGUAAGGCAAAAAAUACCACCUGUGAAGUGUACUGUUGAUUCUGCGGCUAUGCAUAACAGAAGUAGAUUUUGUAAGUUUAUUAAUGCUACAUCUUGAUCCAGUUAUGUUGGUACUGACUUCAAGAAUGUAUUAAGUUUCUUUUACCCAAUACAGCAGUUAAACCUAACCUGGAUGCAGAUCCCUCGAGUUCACUCCUCUUUCAGCAACACUCAAGAAUGGGUCAUGGAACUGCAUGGCAGUACUCUGGGGACAGCAUAGAAGGAGAUGCUACCUCAAUCUGGGAGUCAAGCUUGGAUGUACGUAGCUAUGCUUUGGUGUCCACAGGAGAUGGUUUAGACCGUGGAACAGUCCUGCCCUGAGAUGGAUAAGGAACACGGGCCACUGUCAGGAAAGGUACAGGGGCUGGGAUGAACGGGUUAAGCACAGCAGUUCCGAGAGAAGCGAAGCCGAGGCGCAGGAUUAGGGGGCCUCCGGGUGUGCCUCAAGGCAGAAGCCGGCGCAGAGAACCGAGCAGGAUGUGCUGGCGGAAGGAAAGGCUGGCAGCCUCACCGCUACCACUGCGCAACCUCCUCCUGCGGCGCAUGCCCUUUCCCUGCCUCCCUUAGGUACCGAUGGCGGCGAGGGACACGGAGACGGCCCAGCAGCAAAUUGAUGAAAUUGAAGCCCUUUCAUCCAUAUAUGGUGAAGAUUGGUGUGUUGUUGAUGAAGAUGAAAAAAUCUAUUGCAUUAAGAUUGAUGAUUGCCUGGAUCAACCAAAAUGGUCCCUCUGUCUUCAGGUGAUUUUGCCGCCAGGUUAUCCAACUGCAGAGCCACCUAUUUAUCAACUAAAUGCUCCUUGGCUUCGAGGACAAGACUAUAUGGACCUAGCAAAUAGCUUGGAAGAAAUAUAUAUACAGAACCUUGGUGAAAGUAUACUUUAUUUAUGGGUGGAGAAGAUACGAGAAGUUCUGAUUGAAAAGGCGCAGUCAUCAGAUCCAGAACCAGAUAUUAAGAAAACCAGUGAAGAAGUUGAUGAAGAUGGUGGAGAUGAUUUUGACCUAGAUUGUCAGCCCAUUCAUGAAGAUUCAAUUAAAAUGUUAAACUACAUUACAGCUGAAAGUCAAGAAGAUGAAGAACUGCCACCCAUUCAUCACGGAAACCCAAUUACAGAUCGAAGGAGUACUUUCCAGGCACAUCUGGCUCCUGUGGUGACACCCAGACAAGUAAAGAGAGUUCUUGAAAAAUUAUAUGAGAAUAAAAAAAUUGCAAGUGCUACCCACAACAUAUAUGCAUACAGGAUAUACUGUGAAGAUAAGCAGACAUUCUUACAGGAUUGUGAAGAUGAUGGGGAGACAGCAGCAGGUGGACGCCUUCUUCAUCUUAUGCAGAUUUUGAAUGUCCGCAAUGUGUUAGUUGUGGUGUCCCGCUGGUAUGGAGGUAUUCUCUUGGGACCAGAUCGUUUUAAACAUAUAAACAAUUGUGCAAGGAACGUACUUGUGGAAUACAACUAUGUACCUUCAGUGGAAGAAUCAUCUAAACAAGCAGGAAAGAGCAAAAAGACAAGGAAGGACAACAAGAAAAGAACAGAACACUAAUUUAUUUUUUAAACUAUAAAAGAUUAUUUUGCACAUAUUUAUGCAAAGAAAAUGUGGAGUUACUGCCUUAUACAAUACAACAGACAUUUUGUAUUUGGAAGAUAAUAAAGCUAUAGGUAUAUUUUCA